AUGGCAUACUACUGCUCCCACCCUUUCGCAGAAGUGGAAAACAUGUGUUCCCCACAAAUCUUUAGAAAAACAUAUCUUUUCCACCAGGCUACCCAGCUGCGGAUGCUUAAACAACCCACCACUGAAACUAUAGAUCCCAUAGACUCAAAGCCCCACAGCUCCUCCCCAGAUAUAGACUCAAAGCCCCACAGUUCCUCCCCAGAUAUAAACUCAAAGCCCGACAGUUUCUCCCCAGUUGUAGACUCAAAGCCUCACAGUUCCUCCCCAGGUGUAGACUCAAAGCUCCACAGUUCUUCCCCAGGUGUAGACUCAAAGCCCCACAGUUCUUCCCCAGGUGUAGACUCAAAGCCCUACAGUUCCUCCCCAGGUGUAGACUCAAAGCCACAGAGUUUCUCCCCAGGUGUAGACUCAAAGCCCUACAGUUCCUCCCCAGUUGUAGACUCAAAGAUCCACAGUUUCUCCCCAGGUGCAGACUCAAAGCCUCAGAGUUUCUCCCCAGGUGUAGACUUAAAGCCUCACAGUUCCUUCCCAGGUGUAGACGCAAAGCCCCACAGUUCUUCCCCAGGUGUAGACUCAAAGCCCCACAGUUCUUCCCCAGGUGUAGACUCAAAGCCCUACAGUUCCUCCCGAGUUGUAGACUCAAAGCCCCACAGCUCCUCCCCAGAUAUAGACUCAAAGCCCCACAGUUACUCCCCAGAUAUAGACUCAAAGCUUCACAGUUCCUCCCCAGAUAUAGACUCAAAGCCCGACAGUUCCUCUCCAGAUAUAGACUCAAAGCCUCACAGUUCCUUCCCAGUUGUAGACUCAAAGCUCCACAGUUCCUCCCCAGGUGCAGACUCAAAGCCCCAGAGUUCCUUCCCAGGUGUAAACUCAAAGCCUCACAGUUCCUUCCCAGGUGUAGACACAAAGCCCCACAGUUCUUCCCCAGGUGUAGACUCAAAGCCCCACAGUUCUUCCCCAGGUGUAGACUCAAAGCCCUACAGUUCCUCCCCAGGUGUAGACUCAAAUCCCCAGAGUUUCUCCCCAGGUGUAGACUCAAAGUCCUAUAGUUCCUCCCCACUUGUAGACUCAAAGCUCCACAGUUCCUCCCCAGGUGUAGACUCACAGCCACAGAGUUUCUCUCCAGGUGUAGACUAA